AGCUCCCCACGGGCCACGAUCCUCGUGAGCGCUUGGGCUCAAGCUUCCACGGGUGGACGCAGGUCUGGAAGCAGGCGCGAGCGCCCUCUUGCCUCUGCAAGCCAGCCCCCCGCGCCGACACGAUGGGGUGCUGCAUGGCCUCCCGCCAGUCUUUCGACAUGGCCUCCCGCCAGUCUUUCGACCUGACGCGGUACACAGACGCCACGAGCCUCUUCGACGCUCUUGCGUUCACCGUGGAGGGCCUUCACCCAGUGCGCUUGGUCCGCAUGUCGUGGCUUCUGCAGCAGCGCGGCACGGUCCUGAAGAGGCGCCAGGAGCUGCCAGAGGAGGCGUUCGUGUCCGCCGGCGAGCUGCGGGCCAUUUGGGAAGCCAGCGGGCGAGGAGGAGUGGACAAGGUGGCGCCGAUCAUCACCAUCUCGUUCUGCUGGGACUCACCCGAGCAUCCCGACCCCAAUGGGGUGCAGCUGAGCUUGGUGAUAGACACCCUGGAGCAGGAGCGCCACAAGUACUCCAGAGGAAAGGAUAACUUUGAGGGGUUCAGCGACAUGGGCGUCUUCUGGGACUGGCCCUCGCUGCUGCAGGGCGACCCCGACAAGGCCGAUGAGGCGAAGGCCGCUGCCCUGCGGCAAGGAAAAACCCAGAAGGACGCGCAGAAGGCCGCGGACGAGGCCAAGCGUACCCCCGCCGAGAAGGCCGCGUUCAAACAUGGGCUGCAGGAGACGAUGGACCUGUGGUACGCCCACCAAACCACUAAUUACCGUCCUCCUGCUCACCCAGCACCCCCGCGAGCGAGGCAGCGAGCGCGAGUGUGGCUACGACCAGUCGGGCUGGACAACGUACGAGCGUUGCUCCGCGGAGCAGAUCAAGAAGGUCUACCGUUAUGAGGCGGAGUGGGACGCCGUUGCCGACCUUGGGGGAGGGGCGGGGGUGACGAAGGCCGGGAGGAGGUGGCCGGUGGGCCCGGACGAGUUCGACCGGCUCAUCAAGGACAGGUCCUUCACCAACGGCGCGGACCGGGAGGCGGUGAAGGCGCUCUUCCGGCGGAUGAGCCGCGCGCAGCUGGGCGGCGUGAGGAGUCUGGACUUCGACGGGAUGCCGCCCCCGACCCCCGCGCAGGUCGCGGGGCUCGCAGGCUGCCUGCGGCUGCGCGCCCGCCUGGAGAACCUGGAGCUGAACAAUUGCAACAUCGGCCCCCCGGGCGCGCAGGCCCUGGCGAAGGCGCUGCCCUCCAUGCCCGACCUGCAAUGGCUGAGCCUGGCCGGCAACGGCAUCGGCGACGACGGCGCGCAGGCCCUGAAAUCCGCCUUGGGCGACAGAUGCCAUGGCUUGCACCUCUGAGCCAGGGGCGAGCCGCACAGGGCGCGGGUGAGAAACGGGAGGGCGCGCGGGAAGGGGAGGACCCAAACGCGACAAGGAGGACCC